AUGGUUGCCAGCAAACUUGUCAUGCCUGGUGCAGAGUACAUUCUGUGGAUAUUUAUGUUGUUGACGCUGGAGAGGACGUUGCGUGCCCUGAUUGUGUUGAGAGGCUGCGUCAUUGAGUGGGUGAAGAUCAAAGGUUACCAUGAAAACUUCCUUGCUGAUGAUGGCAAGAUUGACAUUUGGUCAGCCUCACGAUACCAGGUGUUCCAGAAGAUAACUGAUCAUGCAAGUGCAGCAUCUCUACAUUUCUAUCAUCCCACCUACACAGAGCUGACAGUCAAAUCACUUGUGCUGUGGCUUCGAGCCUACAACACACUGUUCUCGGCCCCCUGCAACAAGUGUGGCAAACACCUCCAGGGGGCACUGCCACCAACAUGGCGAGACUUCCGCACACUUGUACCAUACCAUGAAGGAUGUAAACAAUAA